AUGUCGUCACCUGGCUCAAUGAAGGUUCGCGUGUCAGUGCAGGACAAGAAUGAUUCCCCUCCCUCCUUCGGCGAGUCUCCUCGGUUCACGGUCUCGGAGGACAUGCUAGCUGGCCGACAGAUAGCCGUCCUUCGUGCCUCGGAUCCAGACACUAUAGGCACCCUGACCUACUCCCUGGUGGACGGGGAUGACAAUAAAUUCACCCUGGAUGCUGCCUCUGGUCACCUCAGCCUACAGGACACGUUAGACAGAGAGACGAAGAGUGAAUACCAGCUGACAGUGAGAGCUGACGAUGGGGAGCAGCAUACUGAUACUACCUUGUAUAUUGAGGUGACGGAUACCAACGACAAUCCUCCGGUGUUCCACGAGCCAGCUUACUCCUUCGACAUCCCGGAGGACGCUGACAGAGGUUCCCAGGUGGGCCAGGUGUCUGCUUGGGACGCUGACGAAGGCACCAACGGGCAGGUCUCGUACACCGUCAUCUCGGACUGGGGGAACGAUGUGUUCUCCCUCAACCCCCAGACGGGAACCUCAAGGCUGGAUUACGAGCAGGUGCAGCACUACAUCCUGGUGGUUCAAGCGCAGGACACGGGGCGCCCUUCACUCUCCUCCACCGUCACCGUCUACUUCAACGUCCAGGACCUCAACGACAACGCCCCCAUCUUCGACCCCAUGAGUUACUCCGACGAGGUACUGGAGAACAUCACCGUUGGCUCCUCUGUACUCUCUGUCUCGGCCACUGAUCAAGAUUCUGGUGCGAACGGCCGCCUGGUGUACAGCAUCUCAGGCGGGGACGAGAAGGGUCAGUUUAGCAUCAGUGAGAAUGGCACUAUCUUCACCAAGGCGCCCCUAGACCGGGAAGACCAGAGCUUCUACAAUCUGGUGGUAAGGGCCUCUGACAUGGCCCUACCUGACCACACCCGCCUCUCCUCUACCGUGCAGGUGACCAUCAUCCUGCGGGACGUGAACGACAUGGCGCCGGAGUUCGUGACGCCCAACGAGACUGUGGUGGAGGAGAACACUCCCGUCAACACGGUGGUGAUGGCGGUGAAGGCCGUGGACCGGGACGAGGGCAGGAACUCCUACAUAGAGUACUCCCUCGCCCCGGUCCCCGGUAACAGGUUCGCUCUGGGCCCUGUUGACGGUCUCCUCAGGAUCGCGGCGCCCCUGGACCGGGAGGACCGGGCCAACUACUCGCUGGUGGUGACGGCCAGGGACCGCGGCAACCCACCCAACGCCCACACCCUCACCAUCAGCCUCCGCAUCGCCGACGAGAACGACAACUCCCCCAUCUUCGACCCCAAACAGUACUCGGCCAGCGUGCCAGAGAACGCCUCCAUCGGCCUGUCGGUGCUGCAGGUGUCGGCCACGGACGCCGACGAGGGCCUCAACGGCCGAGUCCGCUACACCAUCGUCGCCGGGGACAAGAACCGCGACUUCUCCAUCAGAGACACCGGCGUGAUCCGAGUGGCCAAGAACCUAAACUACGAGCGUCGUAACCACUAUCUCCUGACGGUGCAGGCGGAAGACUCGGGCGCCGACGUGCGCUACGACUCCGCCACCGUCACCAUCUCCAUCAUGGACAUCAACGACAGCCCUGUGUUCCUCGACUCGCCCUACCUCGUCUACGUCAUGGAGAACAUGGCUGCCCUGCCCGCCCCCAUCGCCACCGUCACCGCCUUCGACGCCGACAACCCUCCCUACAACCGCGUCAACUACCUGGUGAAGGAGGGAGACAAGUCGGUGUUCUCCGUCAACGCCACCUCAGGACAGAUCAGUCUGAGGGCGCUGGACCGUGAGGAACGCAGCCACUACACCCUCACCGUCGUCGCCAUGGACACUGGCACCCCACGACUCACAGGGACGGGCACCAUCUCCGUAUUGGUGCAGGAUGAGAACGACCACGCCCCCAGGUUUGACAAGGACCAAUACGAAGCCGCCGUGAGUGAGUCAGUAGAUCCCGACACUCAGGUAAUCGCUGUGGCCGCUACUGACAGAGACGCAGGUGCUAACGCUAAGAUCAGGUAUUCUCUGGUGGAAGGCGCAGCAGGAGUGUUCGUGGUGGAGGAGUGGACUGGCAUCAUCAGGACAGUAGCCAAGCUGGACCGUGAGAGUGUGGGACAGUACUUGUUGGUACUGGGGGCCCAAGACUCUUCCCUCACAGAACCCCGGUCAGCAACCACACAGGUGAGGGUGACGGUGCUGGACGAGAACGACAACGCUCCGACCUUCUCCCAGGGGCAGUACCUCAUCCACGUCCCUGACCCUAUGGCGCCAGGUAACUUCGUGUUUGGGGGCGAGGCUCUUGACCCUGACGAAGGUGUGAACGGGAGGGUCACCUACUACCUCUCUGGCAACGACGCCGACAAGUUUUAUAUGAACCAGGAGACGGGAGUGAUCAAGGCGUCGACAGCCCUGGCGGGGGAGGGAGAAUACCAGCUGGAGGUCCUGGCCACUGACUCAGGCGACACGCCCCUCUCCACCACAGCCAGACUCCAGGUCUACCUCCAACCCGACAACCUCUUUCCUGUCUUCGAGCCUCUAGAGAAGACAUUCAGCUUCAGCGAGGCAGCGCGGGGAGACCUUGUCACCACUCUGACGGCCACGUCCCCCAAGGCCGGACCAUCAGGCACCGUGCGCUUCAGCAUCGCCGGCGGGAACGUGGGUCAGGCGUUCACAGUGGACGACAAGACGGGGGAACUGAGGAUCUCUCAGUACGGCCUUGACUAUGAGACGGCAUCACGGUACGAGGUGUGGGUCGCUGCUGAAGACACUGACGACCCUCCCCUCACCUCCGUCACCCAACUGGUGGUCAACGUCACCGACUACAACGACAACGCCCCCGUGUUCUCUCAGGCCAUAUACAACGCCAGCAUCCUGGAGGCCCAGAACCCACCUCAGCUGGUGGCCACCGUCAGUGCCACCGACAGAGACUCUGACACCAACGCUCAGGUCAUCUACCAGCUGAGACGAGACUCACCGGCAGCUGAGGCCUUCACAUUGGACGCUGAGACGGGCCAGAUCUAUACCAAGAUCCAGCUGGACCGGGAGGAGGUGGAGGUGUACACGUUGACGGUGGAGGCGGUGGACAAGGGCACGCCGGCACAGACGGGCACAGCCAUGGUCGUGGUCACAGUGCAGGACAAGAACGAUAACCCGCCGCGCUUCACGCGGCUGUUCAGCGUCAACGUGACAGAGAACGCGGAGGUGGGAACAUUUGUUAUCCAGGUGACGUCAAGUGAUCGAGACAUCGGAGAGAACGCCAAUGCCACCUACAGCUUCACUGAGAAUCCUGGCGGUAAAUUCUACAUUGACUCCGUGAGUGGUAACGUGACCGUGGCCAGAGCCAUCGACCGCGAGCUGAACGACGAGUACCUCCUGAAGGUGUCCGCCGUUGACGGGUCGUGGCGGGCCGAGACUCCCCUCACCAUCACCGUCCAGGACGAGAACGACAACGCCCCAGAGUUCGAGCAGAGUUACUACGUCUUCAACUUCCCAGAGCUACAGCGCAGCGUGGCCUUCGUGGGUCAGGUGACAGCAACAGACCGGGACAAACAAGGACCAAACAGUGUUAUAUCUUAUUCCCUCAAGUUUCCAUCAGACUUCUUCAGUGUUGACCCAGCAAGUGGAGAGAUCUUGUCUAAACAAGCGCUCCAGUACAAGCACACGCUCAAGGGGCCAUCACCUGAGAACCAAUACCACCUGGCUGUUGUGGCCACCGACAACGGGAAGCCGCCCAUGUCCUCUGAGAGCUCGGUGGUGAUCAACGUGGUGGACGCCAACAACAACCCGCCCAGGUUCUCGGAAGACAGCUACUUUACCCCCGUCCCUGAGAGCUCCACCAUAGGUCAGUCUAUCAUCCAGUUAAAGGCCAUUGAUGAUCGGGACUUCGGCAUCAACGCCGAGAUCGAGUACCAGAAGGUGGGCGGUAAUGGUACUGACUUCUUCGUGCUGGAGCAGAAGACGGGCUGGAUCACCGUCGCCCGUCAGCUGAAGGGAAGAAUAGACGCACACUUCGUCCUGUUGGUGCGCGCCCUAGACCGUGGCGUCCCUCCACUGCAGGAUGAAGUCCUCGUCACCCUGGCGGUCACUGGUGAGAACAAACACGCGCCAGAGUUCACAGCUCUCAGCUACCAGGUCAUAGUGCCCGAGAAUGAGCCGCUGGGGUCAGACAUCGUCAAGCUCACUGCCAAGGACAACGACAAAGGCCCCAACGGAUUUGUUCGGUACUCCAUCACGAGUGGUAACGAGGCUGGCAAGUUUGCCAUCAACGAAAAAACAGGAGCAGUGACCAUCAUGCACCCGCUGGACUACGACGCCGUCAAGGUGUACAAACUGAACAUCACGGCCCACGACGGUGCGUUUGUUCCUCUACAGUCAACAGCCAUAUUCACUGUCAUCCUCAUUGACAUUAAUGACAACCCUCCCAGGUUCAGUCAGCAGCAGUAUGACGCUUACAUCGCGGAGAACGCCAACGCUGGUACAACAGUGUUCAGGUUAAAUGCGACGGAUAUUGACUCUCCUCGUAACGCGGCCAUCCAGUACACGCUGGUGGGCGGCGACGGGAAGGAGUUCUUCGCUGUUGACCCAGACACGGGCGUGGUCACCUCCAAGACGGUGUUUGACUACGAGAAGAAGAGUCGCUACGUCCUGGACAUCAGGGCUGCCAAUAACGCUGACUCCUCACAGUGGGGCUCCACAGCGUUGGUGGUACACGUCACAGGACGCAAUGAGUUCUUCCCUCGCUUCAUCCAGUCUGUCUUCCAGUUCACAGUGUCGGAGUCUGCACAGAUCGGCACGUCUGUGGGCGCCAUCCAAGCCACUGACGAGGAUAAGGGAGAAGACGGCAUGGUGUACUACCUCCUGGUCGGCGCCAGCAACGACCGAGGGUUCCUCAUCCAGCCCACGACGGGCGUCAUCACAGUAGCUCGUAGCCUCGACCGUGAAAGCCAGAACAGAGUCGUCCUCACGGUGAUGGCCAAGAACGCCGGCAGCAUCCGUGGUAACGACACUGACGAAGCGCAGAUAACUAUCUCCAUCCAAGACGGGAACGACCCUCCCGUGUUCUCUCAGCCGCUGUACGAGACGAGACUCUCUGAGGGCGCUCUGGUGGGCACCCUCGUCCUGACCGUCGCUGCUGUUGACUCAGACGUUCAGCCACAAAACAACCAGUUCACUUACUCCAUCAUCGGCGGCAACCUGGGCCAGGUGUUCAAGGUGGACCCCCAGAGCGGCGUCAUAGAGACAACAGCUCAGCUAGACCGUGAGACCAUCCAGGUGUACAACCUGACGGUGGGCGCCAUAGACAACGGGUCGCCACCCCAAACCGGGACCACCCUCGUGCGGGUCAUACUGGUCGAUGUUAACGACAAUGGACCUCAGUUUGACCCGCCUGAUAUCGUAGGGUACGUGCCAGAGAACGAGCCAGCGAUGACGUCAGUGAUGACCCUGAGUGCCACAGACCCCGACCUGGCACCCAACACCCAGCCCUUCACCUACUACAUCGUGGGCGGUGAACAUCGCGAGUUCUUCACCGUGGACCAGGCGACGGGGGAGGUCAAGACCACCCGCAGUAUCGACCGGGAGACAACACCUGAACUCACCUUCCGUAUAGAGGUUGAAGACAGCGGUAAGCCCAAGAUGAAGUCCGAGUACCCCGUCUCGAUCAUCGUCCUGGACAAGAACGACUCACCCUCAACACCAAGGACGGUGACGGUGAAGGUGCAGACGUUCCAGGGAGUGUUCCCGGGAGGCAAGGUGGCGGACGUUCACCCCAACGAUGCUGACACCGCUGGCCAGUACUCCUGCCAGAUCCUCACCCAAGACGCCGCCAUCUUUUCCAUCCCUAACGCCUGUAACCUGCACGCCGCCAGAGUCCCGCGGGACCGGACCUACACCCUCAGCGUCUCGGGGAAUGACGGCAAACAUCCAGACGUCACUUCUAAGGUCACCCUCGAGUUCGAGUCUUUCGACAACGCCACCCUGGAUAACAGCCUCACCCUGCGGCUCCUCAACGUCACGGCCGAGCGGUUCCUUCGCCUGUAUUACACACCUUUCAUAGACACCUUGUUGCCGAUGUUCGCGGGCGGACAGGUGCGCAUCUACUCCAUGCUGGACGUCGACUCUCACACUGACCUGACCCUGACUGUGGCUGGCUCUGGCACUAACUCUUUCCUCCGACCAGCCGAGGUGACUCGUAAACUGGCAGCCGAAGAGCCGAGUCUGACUCAGUCCCUUCAGGGCCUGCAGCUCAUAGUUGACUAUAACCCCUGCAGUGACACACCUUGUAAGAAUGGCGGAGAAUGUUCACACGGCAUCCAUGCUUAUGGUGACACGGAGAUCACCGACUCCCCGAGCUUCAUCUUCACCUCACCUCUCAUCCGCCAUGACGUGUCGUGCAGGUGUCGCCAGGGCUUUACGGGGCCCAGGUGUGAGCUGCGUCAGGACCCCUGUUCACCCAACCCCUGCCAGUUUGGUGGCACGUGCGCCAGGAAAGGUUUCCACUUCAUGUGCACGUGUCCGCCCACCCGCCAGGGGCUGCAGUGUGAGUUUGAUAAGACCAACGCCUGUGAUGACAACCCGUGCCGUAAUGGCGGGUCGUGUCAGACGACGCUGGAGGGAGGGUUCUUCUGCCUGUGUCGCCCCGGCUACCGCGGCAACCAGUGUGAGUUAGCUAGUGAGUCGUGCCGCCCCAACCCUUGCCUCAACGGCGGCACCUGCGUCUCCCUCAAGCCCGGUUAUAGCUGCUCCUGCAGGAUCAACUUCUACGGAACCCACUGUGAGAAGUCUACCUUCAGCUUCAGUGAGUUGUCGUACAUGACCUUCCCAACCCUCGACUCCACCACCAACGACAUCUCCAUCACCUUCUCCACCAACAAGCCAGAUGCGCUCCUCGUGUACAACUACGGCCUACAGACGGGCGGGCGCUCAGACUUCGUGGCCAUCGAGCUGAGGGGCGGACAACCUCGCUUUAGUUUCGGCGGGGCGCGGACGGCCAUCUCCAGGAUCCAGGUGGGGCGUGACGUGGCGGACGGCAAGUGGUACAAGCUGACGGCGACACGUAACGGCCGCGUCAUCUCCCUCAGCGUGGCCACCUGCACCCACAACGGCGAGACCUGUGGCGAGUGUCGUCCUGGCGACUCCUCCUGUUACAGCGACGACACAGGUCCUACUGGGACCCUCAACUUCAACAACGAGCCACUGUACCUGGGCGGAGUGAUGACGGUGGACCCCCUGCAGGAGCGGCCCGGCCAGGUCCUCGCUGACGACUUCAUCGGCUGUAUCCAGACCGCCUCCAUCAACGGCAGACCUCUCAACCUCUCUGGCCCCAUACAGGCCCGAGGUAUAUCUGACACGUGUGAGCGGGUGGCUGACGUGUGUGUUGGUAACCCGUGUGGUGAGGGUGCCACCUGCCUGGACCGCUGGUCGACACACAUGUGCCGCUGUGCCAACGGACUGGUGGCUCCUGACUGUGAGGCUUCCCUACGCCCCGCCUCCUUCACCCGCGGCGCCUACGUCGAGUUCCUCAUCACGGAGCAACACCGGCGACGUCAGCUGUUGCCGCGCCUCUACCAGCAACACUCCAGGUGGUCACGGGAGAUCAACGUCCACCACAGCCGCGCCCGACACCCACGCCAGGUUCCUCCGCCUCCUCCCAAGAGCCUCUCCUUCAGUUUCCGGACGCGGAUGGAGAACGGCCUCUUGCUGCACUCCGCCACCAACAAUGACUACACUCUGGUGGAGAUUCGUGGCGGGUUCCUACAGUACACGUCCAAACUGGGUGCCAACCAGCCCAUCAACAUGACCAUCCCUGACGUGACUGUCAACGAGGGAGACUGGCACAACCUGACGCUGUUGGCGGAACAGUCGGCCCUCAGACUCAUACUGGACGGGAACAUGGUCGGGGACGAGCUGGACCUGCCCUUCAUCCAUGACUUCCUCGACGCCUACCUCACCUCCCUCACGCUGGGCUCUGCGCCUCGCUUCUCCGGCCAGCUGCCCUACACCCUCACAGGGUUCGUGGGGUGUAUGUCCACCUUCAGUGUGGACGGGGAGGUGCAGCCACUCAACUCGACGGGGUCGCUGCUGGAGGCUGUCGCUCGCGGGGUGGCGCUCGUCACAGACUGCACAGCGGCAGACCUGGGUACAGCCACCUCCACAGACCCUCUGUCCAUCGGCAUCACCCUCGUCAUCGUCUUCUUCGUACUCCUCCUCGUCGCCAUCCUGGUGUCCUUCAUCGUCUACCGAGUCAGGCGCCAGCGACGAGAGAGAGGCGGUGUGCACGUCAAGCAGAACGGGUCUGCUCUCCUCGCCAACACCUCCUCUGAUUCCGGGAGGUCACCGCAGGACUCCGGCUACGUGGAGAGUGCGGAGAUGACGGACGACGUUCUCCGCUCACACCUCUCUCAGGAGCUGGCGACGAAGAAGUACAAGGAGCGUGAUCACGAGCGGCCUCAGAGACCUGAUAUAAUCGAGCGGGAGGUGAUGAACAAGUCGCCGGGUGUCCCCCUCAGGGUGGACGAGUCACAGCUGCAGGAGCGGGACACCAUGGCUGGCCUGGGCCACAUACCCGACUCAGAGGCCCCUGAACACUACGACCUGGAGAACGCCUCGUCCAUCGCGCCCUCCGACAUCGACAUAGUGUACCACUAUAAGGGUUACAGAGACGGCAAUGUGCGGAAGUAUAAGACAAACCCUCACGUGCCGGGCUACCACAAGCACAACCACCGCCACUCCCCGCACAACUUCCCCAACACACCGCACCGCGAGAGUCCCCGCAACCUGAUGCGGCAGAGUCCUAACCCUGUGGCGCCGCGGGAGUCGCCCUCUGUACUCAAGAUGCAGUCUACACCUCUUGCUCGCCUCUCCCCCUCCUCAGAACUGUCGCAGCAGACGCCGCGUAUUCUCACAUUGCAGGACAUUAGCGGCAAACCCCUGCAGACAGCUCUCCUUGCCACCUCACAAGGGCCAGGUGUGAAGGACGUCAUGUCCACUAGUGAGAGAUCACUCAAUUCACCUGUGUCACACCUGUCUCAGUCGUCUGGGUCUAUGCACGCAUCGUCACAGUCGACGAAGAAGAAGAAACACGACAGCAGCGUGAGUCUGGGCCUCACGCCGGAGGAGAUCGAGCGUCUCAACACGAGGCCGCGCAACUCCUCGCUGGUGUCUACGUUAGACGCUGUGUCUUCCUCCAGUGAGGACAACCAACGCAAAGACAAACUGGCAGAACUCAUCGAGACCAACACAGAGCUGCUGGAGCCUCCAGACUCCUCCACCGACGAGUCAGGCAAUGAUUCCUUCACUUGUUCAGAGUUUGAGUACGAGAACAAUUACGAGAAGGUUACCCGCGACUUUGGUCCUGGCAACAUGAUCUUCAGCAAGUUAGCGGAGGUAGACAACGAGAACGAGCACGACAACGAGUCUGCCAAGAAUUACGACGGCUUUGAUUCUUUUCGAGGCUCGCUCAGCACACUGGUGGCGUCAGACGACGACCUGAGCAACAUGAGCUCCUACAAGCCACCCAACGGCUCCACGUUCGGCUGGGACUAUCUGCUCAACUGGGGUCCCAAUUUCGAGAGCCUAGUGGGCGUGUUCAAGGACAUAGCCGAACUACCGGACAACACCACCAACGGGCGGGUGAGCGCUCGGGGCACACCCAAACCCAACGAGGAGUACGUAUAGCGGCGAUCACAGCUGAGCGAGGAAGAUAUAUAGCAGCCGCCAAAGCCUAUAACUUAUAAGGAGUUAAGAAGCCCGACACAACCCUCACGAGUCCGCGUACCCCACCAUGGUCCCUCUGGCGCCCCUGAAGGAGAUGACGUCACUGAAGACGAUGUUGUCCCUGAUGGAGGCGACGACACCCCUGCAGGCGAGGACGUCCUUCAACGAGAGACUAGACGUGGGGGGCGAGGCGGAUUAGGGCUGAAGUGGUAGACGGGGCCCUCCCAUCAGUGAGGACACGAGACUCCUGGAGGAGGAGGAGGAGCACCUCGGUACCUCAUCAAAUGGAGGAGGAGGAGGAGGAGGAAGACCUCGUCACAUGGAGGAGGAGGAGGAGGACCACGUCACUGUGCCCAUUAUAUCUCGUGAAGGUGUUACUCAAACUACGCUUCUAGUUGUACACAAAAGUGCGACUCGACACAGUGUCACGAACACUGCCAGCGAGGACGCUCCAUAUUUUUUAAUUAACGAAUUUUCUAUUUUCUGCCCGGGCCAUUUAUGAGAGAGACAUUGACGGCAGUUGGCAUGUGCGAGGACAGUGACCUCUGUUGACGAAGCCAAUAAAUCAGUCGGAAAACAAUCAGUGCAAGUUGAGUGGUCAAAUGGUAGUAUCACAACACAAUGUUCAUUUUCAUCUUUUUUUUUUCUUCAGUAAGCAUCACGUCUCAAGCGGCCAAAUGCGUUAACAAGGUGCCUAUAUGUGACCUACUAUCAACCUGAUACUCCAGUUCACGUUGCCAAAACUUUGUUGAUUGUUCGCGUAAUAAUAGAUGAGAGUUUCUGGUUCCGAGUUGCCAAAUGUAGGAGUGCCCUGUGCUCUUUGAUUCAUAGGAAAUAUUGUGAAUUCUCAGAGGCCAAACUUAUGUAUUUAAAUGUUUCUUGUUUUAAGUUUUUUUUCCUCUAUAUUACUGCUGCUAUGCAUUUAAAACAAAUUUCGUAUAGGUCUUACAAUUGUCGUGUAAAAACUCGAAAUGGCCAAAUCUUUUUAUCCCUCAACAAAGCUGAACUAAGGUGCCUUUUAAUUGCCAUAAUCAAAGAAUGGGAUCCGUGAGAGUCUUCCAGUGCCAGAGUGUUGAUGAUGAUGAUGUCAGCGGGGCGGACGAUACUAUGCACCAGAAAUGUUCACUACAACCUUGUCCCAGAUGUUUUGUACUCAUCAUGUAACUAUUUAUAAAACACUAGUUGUUAAGUCUUGCUGAUAAUGUAUUCCGUUCAAAGUGAUGUAGAUUACGAUUUUUAAAAGGUUUGUACAACUGAAGAUGUUAAAGAGAUGGAUCUGGUUGGUUGACUGAAGCUCCAAUAAGAAUAAUGUUUAAAUGUAACAUAAAAAAAAAAACACUAAGACUUUACCUUAACUAAAUACUUUCACUUAAUAUCAGUUAAAAGACUAAAUUCAUGUACAAUCUUUUAGAAAUUUUACGUGAAAUCUGUCGCCCAACAUUUAUCACGUGAACGCUAUUUACUAAAUCUAGUCUUGGUGCAAAUUUAAUGAUAUAUAUAAACGAUUUUCUUAUAUUUUAGCUUUACUUAAUCAUAAAGGUAAGUUCUUACAUCUUCAGUUAUGUGGACUAUCCAUCGUUCGUGUGAGCCUUAACUAUCUCCUCAACUAUUUACUCCAAGUUCACUUUGUUAUUAUCGCCCGUCAUCGCCUGUGUUCGUGUGUGUGUCUGUGACUCUGACUUGGUCUACCUCUCGAGCGGAUCCCGGGGGUUUUGCAGUUAAUUAAAUGGACUUAUAUAUUUUCUUUUUUUUUUCUUUGAGGGAUUAUCUUACAUUAUAAUGUCCUGAUUUGUUAAAAGGUAUAAUAGAAUUAAUUUUGGAUUGGCUGAAUGCUGUUAGUAACAUUCUAAUUUGAUUAAAAAAAAUAGAUAAUUUGUUAUGAAAAUCAAUUGUCUACCUAAAUUCCAAAACAAUGUUGUUCUUGUGAUAUAAGCAAGAAAACUUACCCCUAAAGUGAUUAUUAUUAUUUGUUUUGUUUUCAUUUUUCAUGUUAAGAAUAUGUCGAGUAAAUAUAACUCAAAGCCUAAAAAUACUAGAACUAUCUGCAACGGACCCAAUUUUGUACUAUACUAGGGUUAAUACUAUGGCUCUUGUACAUUAUCAACUCCUUGUAUAUAUAUUUGACUAUUUGUACAGUUGCAUUCUUAAGUAAGUCAAAGCCACGUUAUGUGUGCCAAAUUGUUUGUUGUUGUUUUUGAUCAGUAUGAAUGGAGCGAGAGAUACUGCUGUUGUACCCUGCCACCUUGUGAUUUAUGUAUAAAGUGAUAUUGUAAUAAACAUUUGUAAUGCGA